GACUGCUUGCAAAAUGAGUAUUUAAAUAAUUAUAGUAAAGCAGUCCGAAUACUACUAAUAGUGUUAAGCAUCCCUUUUUUUAUUUGUUAUUAUUGGUCAUUCGUAAAAUGUUCUUUGUACAAUCCAGGGUAUGUUGAUCAUACGUGGGAAGCAAACGCAGAGGAGAAUAACAUACAAAUAGAAAAAAGAAAGAUAAGAAACUAUACGCCUAAUAAAUACACUGUUUGUGAUAAGUGCGACUUUUUGGUUAGGCCCGAGAGGGCUCACCACUGCAGGUCGUGCAAGAGAUGUGUAUUAAAGAUGGAUCAUCAUUGCCCAUGGAUAGGGACGUGUGUAGGGGAAAAAAAUCUCAAAUUUUUUUUUUUGUUUUUAUUUUAUGGCCUACUUAUAACACUUUACAUUGUUGUGACCAUAACGCCAAAGUUUAUUAAGUCCCUUUAUGAAAGUGAAGGCACCAAGGUUACGGACAAAAUGAACCAUGCUGCUCUUCUGAUUACUAUUUGUGCGUCUCUGACACUACUGUUAGCCUUAAUCUUUAUGAAUUGUCAAUACUUAUAUUUUAUAUCUCGUAAUAUAACAGUAAUAGAAUCUUCAUAUAAAGAUAAAAAUCCAUAUGACUUAGGUAUUUACAACAACUGGAAAAUGGUAUUUGGAGAAUUUAAAUGGAAGUGGUUUUUUCCCUUUGACCCUGAAAACUUGUACUCGUUGAAUUACCUGUACCCCGUGAAUGAUAUAUACAUGAACAUUGUUAACAUCGACAUGGACGAUUCAUUUUUAUCUAGCUCUAAUGAGAACCCAAAGGGAGAGGAUGAUAUCUGA